AUGCCUCGCCUGUUUUUGUUCCACCUGCUAGGAGUCUGUUUACUACUGAACCAAUUUUCCAGAGCAGUCGCAGACUCAUGGAUGGACGAAGUUAUUAAAGUAUGCGGCCGCGAAUUAGUUCGCGUGCAAAUUGCCAUUUGCGGCAUGAGCACCUUGGACAAAAGGUCUCUGAGCCAGAAAGAUGCUCCUCCGACACCUAGACCAGUGGCAGAAAUUGUGCCAUCCUUCAUCAACAAAGAUACAGAAACCAUAAAUAUGAUGUCAGAAUUUGUUGCUAAUUUGCCACAGGAGCUGAAGUUACCCCUGUCUGAGAUGCAGCCAGCAUUACCACAGCUACAACAACAUGUACCUGUAUUAAAAGAUUCCAAUCUUCGCUUUGAAGAAUUUAAGAAAACUGUUCGCCAUAGACAAAGUGAAGCCGCAGACAGCAGUCCUUCAGAAUUAAAAUACUUAGGCUUGGAUACUCAUUCUCGAAAAAAGAGACAACUUUACAGUGCAUUGGCUAAUAAAUGUUGCCAUGUUGGUUGUACCAAAAGAUCUCUUGCUAGAUUUUGCUGAGAUGAAGCUAAUUGUGCACAUCUCGUAUAAUAUUCAUACAUAUUCUUGAUGACAGUUUCACUGAUGCUUCUGUCAGGUC